GCAGCCUGCCAACCGAAGGCAGUCCAUGGGGAAGGCACCUCCGCCACCUCCUUUCGGCAAGCGGCUGCACUGGAAACUGCUUCCUCCGGCAACUUUGGACAACACCAUCUUCGAGGAGCUGCAGCCGUGGGACAAGGUCGCCCCGCCUCUGGACACGAAACAGCUCGAGCGGCUGUUUACUCCGGCAGAACGCAGCCUAGGUGUCCCGAUCAGCUGCACUGCGCCCCCACCGGGGAAAGCUGCUUCAGGCAAGAUGUGCCUCAUCGAUCCGAAGCGGGCCCAGAACCUCGCGAUCAUCCUGCGGCAAGUGGCUUUACCGACGGAGGAGUUGUGCGAUGUGGUGCGCGGCCUAAGGCUCCAGCAUCCAAUCAGCACAGAGGCACUGGAGCAUAUCCAUGAAUUCCUCCUGCCGCCUCUUCUGGAGUCGGCGGAGAUGUUCGCUUCCUACGACGGGCCUUUGCAGAGCCUGCGCGACGUGGAGCGGCAGCUGCUCCCUUUGGCACGCAUCCCGCGGCUGAAGGCCCGGGUGAAGUGCCUCCUCUUCGGGAAGACGAUGCCAGGAGUGAGGGCUGGAUUGGAGGCCCGUAUCCGUACGCUCCAAGAGGCCUGCAACCAGGUCCGCAGCAGCCAUGCUUUGCGACGGAUUCUAGGUACUGUGCUUCGGAUUGGAAACUUUCUGAACCACGGAAUCGACGCCCCGGAUGCUGCAGGUGUAGAAGUGCGCGGAUUCACCAUGGAAAGUCUCCUCAAGCUCCGCGACUUCCGUGCAGGCCAGGCUGGCGAGUCCUCCGUCACGGCCCUUCACUGCAUCGCGCUUCACCUCUUGCCCACGGACCCGCAGCUGCCCUUGCAGCUCCGCGAGGAGCUGAAGGCAGCCUUGGAGGUCGGGGGCGACGCGACGACGGGAGGAGCCUCGGGUGGGCCCUCCAGCAACAUCGGGGAGCUGCGGGACGCCGUAGGGCGAUUCCGGCGCGAGGCGGACCUUCUCCAAAACGAGGUGGAAUGCCAUGCUGCCUCGUACGACAAUGCCGGAGGCUCUCGCACGCCCUCACCGCUGACAACUCUCCAACAGCUCGCACAGGAUGCGACUCGCAUCGCAGACCAGCUCGAUGCAGAGGUGUCCGAUGCAAUUGCCCAGGCCCUCCGCCUUCUCGACUACUUCGGCGAACGGCGCGACGCAG